AUGUCGACCUACGAAAUUGAACACAACACCACCGACCCCUCCGCGGCUUCCUCCACCCCGCGUCGCCGCAGACCUGACCUCUCCACCUUCUUCUCGACCCUCUCAGAGAUAACCCCAGCUCCCGAUCACCGACCCCAUGCCGUCCCGGUACCAGGCGACGUGAGCGCAGCCUUCUACUCGCUCGCCGAGGCUCUAGAAAUGAUGCGCCGCGAAUCAGGCACUGCCGAACCACAACCCGAGACCGGCGACAGCACCGCAUCCGCCGAAACCACCGACGACCUUCUCACGACAAUGAUCCAGAAUCUGCUCAAUGGCGCCGAGGAACCGCCACGGGAGGUAGAAGGCGUGAACGAAGAGUUUUGCGAUAGUAAGUCUCCCACAAUUACCUGUCGCCAGCCAGCCAGCCAGCCGCAACUUCUCACUCCACCGAAACAACCCCACGGGAUCAAGUCAACAUGGGCUAAUCCGCGGACUUUCCGUCUUCGUUCUUCUACAGUGCUUGACCGUGUCCCUAAAUCGUCUCUCGACUCUUCGCAAACUUGCCCUAUCUGUAACAAUCCCUUCCUGGAAGAUGAGUACCCCCUCGUCGUCCGAUUGCCCUGCCACCCCACCCACUUGUUUGAUCUCGAGUGCGUGCGUCCCUGGUUGCGACUGCGUGGUACCUGUCCGCUUGACCGGUUCGAUUUUGCGAAGCAGCAGCGCGAAAAGGAUGAGGAGCGUAAGCGCAUCGCCGAUGAGGAUGAGGAGGAGGAGUGGGAUGGCAUGUAUGGUUAA